UCGAGGAGCUGUGGAGAUGGUGCCUGUCAAUAAAGCGGAAUGCCUGCAUGCGCAUAACGCUCUGAGAAGUCUACAUGUCGAUACCGGUCCAGUAGCAUGGAGUGACGCAUUGACGCAUGAUGCACAAAUAUGGGCUGAACAUAUAGCAUCCAUUGGCGGCUUGCCACAUUCUAAUAAUAAAGAGCAAGGCGAAAAUAUUUACUGGUUUUCUGCUACUGGCACCUGCGCUGAUGCAGCGUUGCCAUGGUAUAAUGAAUAUAAAUACUACGAUUACGCUACCACUUAUAAUACCACAAACAAACCCAUUGGGCAUUUUACACAAGUAGUGUGGAAAUCCACAACCACUAUUGGUGUUGGUAUGGCGAGAAGUGCCUCAGGGACAUACAUUGUGGCGCGAUAUCAUCCUAGGGGCAACUAUGUUUUGGUGCAGAUAGGCGAGAACUACGAAGACGCUCGGCUUCGUGUCUUCUCUGAUAAUGUUCGACCUAGAAAACACGGAGCGGUAACACCAACCAUCUACGAGUUAGUUCCAUCUCGAUGUGUCAAUGGCUUGAACGGGCAGUGUUCUCUGUACCAACAAUAUUUUACGUGUAAUCACUCCUACGUAAAAGCACAUUGUCCAAAACUUUGCAAGGUUUGCUGAUGCUUGUGGCAUGAUAUUUUUA